AAUUCAUUCUCUUUCUCUCUCUAUCUAUCUAAUAUCUAUCUUUCUGGUGUGUGUGGUGGUGGUGAUCUUCUUUCCAAACUGUGCGAAACCAAAUUCACAUCAUUGCCCAGAAGAUAUCAUCAUCUAUUGGCGAAUCGAGCAAACAAAUAUUUUUCGAGAUCAGGAAAAAUUAAUUACAAGAGAAGUUUGAAUCGUUUCAUUCAAUUUGUUGAUUUUAUGAUUUGGCAUAGAAGAGAAGUGCAUUGGGAUCAUCUAUGAAGACUACACGAAUGGUUGGGAGAAUAAUUAGGUAUAUUCGGUUUAUACCCAACAUUUGUUUCAGAUGGAAUGGCAGAUCCUGCUAGUUAUGGCAACCCUGACCGUGACAUUGAUCAGGCACUCAUUGCUUUGAAGAAAGGAACACAGCUAAUCAAGUACAGCAGAAAAGGGAAGCCCAAGUUUUGUACAUUUAGACUUUCUCCAGAUGAAGCAACACUAAUCUGGUAUUCGCAUGGCUCAGAAAGGCAUUUGACGUUAUCUUCUGUUUCACGGAUCAUUCCUGGACAGAGAACUCCUGUUUUUAAAAGAUUUUUACGCCCAGAGAAGGAUUACUUGUCAUUCUCACUGAUAUAUAAUAACGGUGAAAGAUCCCUCGAUCUAAUUUGCAAAGACAAAGUCGAAUCUGAAGUCUGGCUUGCUGGCCUCAAGGCUUUAAUAUCAACUGGCCAAUCACGCAAUAGGCGCACUAGAAGUGAAAUUUAUGAUUUACACGGUGGUAGCGACAACUGUCAAGAGAACCGUCCGUUUGGAGCAGCACUAGAAUUCACGUCGAGUAUUCCACGUGGCAGAAUCUCCACAGAUUACAGCUCAAGCUCACAUGUUGGGUCUGAAUGUACUGCAAACAUGCAACUAAGAACGAGUGGUGCAGAUGGUUUCCGAAUUAGUGUGUCGAGCACUCCAAGUUGUUCAAGUCAGGGCUCCGGUCCCGACGACAUUGAAUCUCUCGGUGAUGUCUAUCUCUGGGGGCAGAUUUGGUCCGACGGAGUUGCAACCGACCCAAACGGUAAUCCGAUCCCAAUAAAGAACGACGUCUUAACUCCGAAACCGUUAGAAACAAACAUAGUACUCGAUGUUCAUCAAAUCUCUUGUGGCGUCCGCCAUGUUGCUCUCGUGACAAGGCAGGGCGAGGUUUUCACGUGGGGGCAGGAAUCGGGGGGCCGUUUGGGCCACGGGGUUGAAAAGGACUUUAGCCGCCCCCGUCUGGUCGAUUUUUUGGCCGUCACGAAUGUCGAUUUCGUCUCUUGUGGUGAAUUCCAUACGUGCGCGCUCUCUUCAUCUGGCGAUUUAUACACAUGGGGAGAUGGGACCCACAAUGCCGGAAUUCUCGGCCAUGGAAAUGAUGUUAGCCAUUGGAUACCGAAGAGGGUUUCAGGGAGUUUAGAAGGUCUUCAAGUUCUAUCGGUUGCGUGCGGCACUUGGCAUUCCGCGCUCGCAACUUCAACUGGAAAACUGUUCACUUUUGGAGACGGGAUGUUCGGUGCUUUAGGGCACGGUGACCGUGAGAGCAUUCCUUAUCCGAGGGAGGUCCAAGCGUUGAGCGGAUUGAAAGCUGUCGCAGUUUCUUGUGGUGUGUGGCACACAGCUGCUAUUAUUGAAGUCACGAACCAGUUGGGGCCGAACGUUUCUUCUAGAAAGCUAUUCACGUGGGGAGAUGGAGAUAAGAACCGAUUAGGUCACGGGAAUAAGGAUACUUAUCUUUUCCCGACAUGCGUCUCCGCACUCAUCGACUACAACAUUCAACAGCUGGCGUGCGGACACAAUAUGACCGUCGCUCUUACGACAUCCGGCCACGUCUUUGCUAUGGGGAGUAAUGCCUUCGGCCAAUUAGGUAAUCCGAUGGCCGAUGGGAAGUCGCCUUGUUUAGUGCAAGACAGGCUCGUGGGUGAGUUUGUCGAACAAAUCUCGUGCGGUGCAAAUCAUGUAGCGGUGCUCACUUUAAGAAGCGAAGUGUUCACUUGGGGGAGAGGUGCGAAUGGAAGAUUAGGGCACGGAGAUACCGAGGAUAGGAAUGUUCCGACGUUAGUAGAAGCUUUGAAAGACAGGCAUGUAAGAAACAUAGCGUGCGGGUCCAACUACACGGCCAGUAUAUGCAUACACAAGUGGGUUUCGGGAGCGGAUCAGUCGGUGUGCACAGCUUGUAGGCAAGCGUUUGGGUUCACUCGAAAACGGCACAACUGUUACAACUGCGGGCUUGUGCAUUGCCAUGCAUGCAGUUCGAAGAAGGCGAUGAAAGCAGCUCUUGCUCCAACACCAGGUAAGCCCCACAGAGUGUGUGAUUCUUGCUAUCUCAAACUGAAAAAAGCUGCAGAAGUUGGAGGAAACACAACCAUUAUCAAUAGAAGAGCAUCUGGGCAUCGAUCUUCGAUGGAUAUGAGUAGUAAUAAUCGAGAGCCGAGGGCUUCAAGGGUUCUUCUCUCUCCGACUGUAGAGCCGAUAAAGUACCUUGAGAUCAAAACUGCAACAAGCCCUGGCACGAAAUUCGAUAACUAUUCGAUAGUUCGUGCUUCACAAGUCCCGUCUCUUUUACAGCUUAAGGAUAUUGCUUUUCCGAGUUCGCUUAGUGCACUUCAGUACGCUUUAAAGCCGGUUAUAACGUCUUCACCGAUGUCAUCACCACAGCCUUAUCAACAGCAGCAGCAGCAGCAGCAGCAGGCACAGUAUCAGUCAAACUCGAGACCAGCUUCACCAUACUCGAGACGGCCAAGUCCACCACGCUCAGCUGCUCCGGUGUUCUCAAGGGGUGCAGUCGACACUUUGAAGAGGUCUAAUGAUCUUUUAACACAAGAAGUUUCCAAAUUGCAGGGUCAGGUAAGGAGUUUGAAACAAAAAACUGAAUCUCAAAGUACAGAAAUUCAGAAGUUGAAAAAAAUCGCCGAAGAAGCUUCGGAAUCGGCUGCGGAUAGAACUUCCAAGUGCAGCACAGCAAUGCAAGUUGUGAAGACCAUAAUGGAUGAGUGGAAGGAAAUUAAAGAAAAGUUGCCCCAAGAGAUAGUCGAGAGUGAAUCUUAUAAAAGCAUACAGGCUCAAGCUGCAACUCUCGUAGACACAAUUGGGACGAAUUGUGAAGAUAAUUCUUCUACAGUUGGUCGAGAAUUGGAAUUAGAGCAACAGAAUAAUAAUAAUAAUACAGUAAGUGAAUCAUCAAAUAGCAAUGAUGUGGUUGUUCAGGACAUGAUAUCACAGCAGAGUUUAGAUGUAACUCCAAGGGAAAAUGACGGAACGUCAACUUCUCGUACAAAUGAUACAAAUGCCGCCACUUCUUCUUCAGGGCAGAAGGAAGUUAUUGAACAAUUUGAACCAGGUGUUUAUGUCACUCUCAUUCAACUCUCCAAUGGAACCAAAAUCUUCAGGCGUGUUAAAUUCAGCAAGAAAAGGUUUGCAGAGCAGCAAGCGGAAGAAUGGUGGAGAGAAAACAAAGAUAGACUACUGCAAAAGUACACUCCUGCAAGAACAUCUAGGACACCACCACCAGAAGCAGCUACAACUCCGCCACCUCAGCCGCCAGCCGACGAAGAUAGCCAGGAAAAUAAUGACCCACCCCAACUUCCAUAGAUAUAUACAUACAUAUAUAUAUAUUUUAUUUUUUUAUUUUUUCCUUUUAGAGUGGAUAGAGGAGGUGAUUAGCAAAAUAGGUAUGACAACUAACCUGCAUCUUGAGAUCUCAAUCUCAGAGAGCAUACAAGUUUUUUCCUCAACAACUGCAUGUAAUAUAUAGUCUCAUUCAUUUUUGUAGAAAUAUUCAUUUCUUGUUCCCUUCAUACUUGAACCAAAUAAAAGUAGUUAUCACUGA